UUGUAGUCUAGGGUUUGGUAUCCGCCAUAUGACCAUGAAUCCCCGUCCCGCCGCCGCCGCUGGAACCGGGAGCGCGGGAGAGGUGCUGCCUGGGCCCCCGCCACAAAGAACAUCUCGUACUACUUCAUAUUCUAUGGGUGAUCCUCAGGUAGGCAAACAGGAGACCCAAAUCCAGAGGCUGAUCGGCCUCCCGGGAUUACUGGGGCUGCUUGACGUCGCCCCUUCCCCAGGUGGUUCCGGCUCCGUGAUCCGGAUCGCUGGCCGCACUAAUCUGGUUGAGUACCUCCCAGCCGGGGUGACGCAGUGGUCGCCUGCCCCAGCUAACAACCAGCGGCAGCAGCGGCGCGCCAUCGCGUAGCUGGUCAGUCAAGGCUCACUGCGGCGAUCGCCUCUUCGAGAUUUUUGCGGUAUACGCGAAUUUCCCUCUUGUUGCCCAAGUACUGGCCUCCGGCAGCAUGCCCACCAAGAUCAUCUGCCAGCGCAAGCCGAAAACUGUCAAGCCGUUUUAUUCACAAAGAGCACUAUGGGCAAGACAACAUCCA